CAUUCGAUUCGACUCAUUCCAUUCGGUUUGUCGCAGUAUUCAAAGCUUGUUUCACGGUGACAAAAAUACAUAUUUUCUCUCUGGGUAUUUUGGUGACAGUUCAGGGAUUAAAAUAAAAUAUUUUUGCAUAAAUUAUUCGGUGUUGUAAAAACCAAAUAAAUCACAUCUGCAUUUACGGGCAUUUUUUUAUGGUAACAGACGAACGAAACGAUAAAAAAAAGCAACUCGGAAAGGAAUUGAAUAAAAAUCAGGUCAAUCAAAACUGAAUCAAAAAUGUAUUCGAUUAAACGUGGAUUUAUUUAUUUGACGGUGCUCAUUGUAAUUCUGAGCAUCACCGUGCCUGAGGUGGAAGGCAGACGUUUGGUAUUGCGUGGUCGACGAACAAUCACUCGACACUACUACAGUGGAUCGACUCUUCCAUGGUGGUUAAACAUUGUUCUCAUCGCUCUUGCACAGAUUCUUGUGGGUGUUGUUCUCUUCUUUGUGCUGCGUAGAUUAGUUUUGACCAAAUCCGAGGAAACAAUGAACACUUAUCAACCAGCUCCCCUCGAGGACAUCUCCAACAAUUAGUUCUUAAUUCUAUUCUUUUGCCAUCAUUCUUUUCUUUAAAUUCUAA